GUGCUGGGAGUUAGUCCCACCCCUAGGUCGCUGGGGAUUCUUAAGUUCUCAGCUCGCUGUCUCUCCAAGCUCUGCCUCAAACUCGCCAUCAGCGGUUUCCUCCGUCACUCGGAUGCUCCCCAUCCCUCUCUGAUCCCCCCGAGUUUCUUCCCUUUCACAUAGAAGCUAGGAAUAGUCUCAAAGUGAGGACCCGGCCCCGGUCCCCGGAGCCCCUUUCAGGAUGGCCAGUCCCCAGGACCCGACGCAGCCGAUUGCCGAACCCCAUGACGCUGCUGCCUCGACACCCAGUGGGGACCUGUCCACGCCUGAGGAUUUGCCCAUGCGGGGGGACCUGACUCCAGGGCCAGCCCCCAUCCCCCUGGCCUUCCUCCCCGCCAAGCGCGGCGACCGGCCGCAGCCAGAGGGGGCCAGCUCGGACACUGGAGCGGGCAGCACUAGUUCUGGCCGAACUGCCUUGGGAGAGUGUGGCCCCGUGGUGGGGCCCCCAAAAGGACUCUCCGAGGAGCCCCUCAUCCUGGAGAGUCUGGAGCCUCGGGUGGUGAUGGGCGAAGAAACAAGCAGCAGCGGACCCCGGCGGGCCCCCCCGGAGCUGCCCAAGGAGCCCCAGGCCGCUGCGCCCCUGACGGUGACGGACUCAGAGCUCAGGGACUUGGAGGGCAAGUGGGCUGGCCCCAGCCCACCCCCCGAGCUGCUCUCUCAGGGCGACCUCCCUGUGCCUUCCCCCCGCCCGGACCCGGACCCUUACUUCACAGCCCCCUCCACCCCCACCAAGCUGGCCUGCUCCUACCUGUUCUCACACUCUCUCUGCCUGAGCGAGGAGCCCAGCGACGCCGAGGCAGACCUCCUGGGCUCCCCACCCACCUCCCCCUCAGGCUCCUACAUCACUGCCGAGGGGGGCAGCUGGGCCUCCUCCAGCAGCUUCAGCACAUCCCCGUCCUGCUCCCCCAACCUGCUCGUGGAGACCGAGGGGCUGGACGCCCCCGAGAACGGGGACUUCUCCCUCCUCUGCCCCAACGAGGAGGGGAGCCAGGAGAGCCCCCUCGGCGGGGCCUCUGACUCGGAUGACACGGAGCUCCUGCCCGCGGGCCCUCGGGACCUGCCCUCCUCCGAAUCCAGCCUCUCUGGGGACAGUGGCUCCUCCUGGAACCUGGGGCAGGGGGGGGACCCCUUCCCGGACAUGGGCUUUCCGGGUGGCGAGCCCAUGAUCCCAGCCACCUUGCUGCCUUUCCGGGGCAGUCUGAUCUUUGAGGCUGAUGCCGUGGAAAUCAUGGCGCUGCCCCAGGAGGAAGCGCCAAGCCCAGAGAGCGACGGGGAGGACGACAGCACCUCGGCCUCCUUCCUGCAGUCCCUGUCGGAGACCUCCAUCAACGAGGGGGUGGACGAGGCCUUCGCCUUCCGGGACGACACAUCGGCCACCUCUUCUGACUCUGACUCAGCCUCCUACGCCGGGGAGGAGGACGAGCGGCUCUACAGCGAGGAGCCCCACGCUCAGCCCCCGGGCCUGCUCUGGUUCGGCUCCUCAGAGGCUGGGGACGGCUUCCCAGCCAAGGAGAAAGAGGAACCUGCCUCGCUCCUGGCCCAGGGCCCAGAGCUCAGCUCAGGGGGAGAGCCUGCUGCCAUGGCCUCGACCCCUCAGACCCCACAAGGAGAAGGAGCAGAUCUAGAACCCAUUUCCACAGAAACAUCUCAGACCUUACAAGAAGCAGCAAAUCUUGAACCCAUUACCAUGAUGACACUGCAGAACUUACAAGAAACAGCAGGUCUAGAAUGCAGGGCCACAGGAUCAUUCCAUUCCCAACAGGAAGCAGAUCUAGAACCCAUGGUCACAAGGGCAUCCCAGACCCAACAAGAAGCAACAGAUCUAAAACCCAUGACUAUAAAAACAUCCCAGACCCUACAAGAAGCAGCAGAUCCAGAACCCAUGGCCAUGAAACUAUCCCAGACCAUACAUGAAACAGCAGCUCUAAAACCCAUGACCACGAGGACAUCUCAGACCACACGGGAAGCAGCAGAUCUAGAACCCAUAGCCAUGAGGACAUCUCAGACUAUACAGGAAGCAGCAGAUCUAGAAUCCAUGGUCACAAGGGUAUCUCAGACCCAACAAGAAGCAGCACAUCUAGAAAGCAUGGUCACAACAACGUGCCAGACCAUACAGGAAGCAGCACAUCUAGAACCCAUGGCCAUGAGGCUGUCCCAGACCCAACAAGAAAAAACAGACCUAGAACCCACUGCCAUGAAGACAUCUUAUACCCUAAAAGAAACUGUAGGAUUAGAUCCCAUUGCCACAAAGAUAUCCUGUCCCACACAAAAAGCAGCAGAUCUAGAAUCCAUGAUCGUGAAGACAUCUCAGAACCAACAGGAAAAUGGAGACCUACAACACAUUGCCAAGAACACAUCUCAGACCCUACAAGAAGCAGUAGUCCUAGAACCCAUUGCCACAGAGCCAUCUCAGACCCUACAAGAAGCGGUAGUCCUAGAACCCAUUGCCACAGAGCCAUCUCAGACCCUACAAGAAGCGGUAGUCCUAGAACCCAUUGCCACAGAGCCAUCUCAGACCCUACAAGAAGCGGUAGUCCUAGAACCCAUUGCCACAGAGACAUCUCAGACCCUACAAGAAGCGGUAGUCCUAGAACCCAUUGCCACAGAGCCAUCUCAGACCCUACAAGAAGCGGUAGUCCUAGAACCCAUUGCCACAGAGCCAUCUCAGACCCUACAAGAAGCGGUAGUCCUAGAACCCAUUGCCACAGAGCCAUCUCAGACCCUACAAGAAGCGGUAGUCCUAGAACCCAUUGCCACAGAGACAUCUCAGACCCUACAAGAAGCGGUAGUCCUAGAACCCAUUGCCACAGAGCCAUCUCAGACCCUACAAGAAGCGGUAGUCCUAGAACCCAUUGCCACAGAGCCAUCUCAGACCCUACAAGAAGCGGUAGUCCUAGAACCCAUUGCCACAGAGCCAUCUCAGACCCUACAAGAAGCGGUAGUCCUAGAACCCAUUGCCACAGAGACAUCUCAGACCCUACAAGAAGCGGUAGUCCUAGAACCCAUUGCCACAGAGCCAUCUCAGACCCUACAAGAAGCGGUAGUCCUAGAACCCAUUGCCACAGAGCCAUCUCAGACCCUACAAGAAGCGGUAGUCCUAGAACCCAUUGCCACAGAGCCAUCUCAGACCCUACAAGAAGCGGUAGUCCUAGAACCCAUUGCCACAGAGCCAUCUCAGACCCUACAAGAAGCGGUAGUCCUAGAACCCAUUGCCACAGAGACAUCUCAGACCCUACAAGAAGCGGUAGUCCUAGAACCCAUUGCCACAGAGACAUCUCAGACCCUACAAGAAGCGGUAGUCCUAGAACCCAUUGCCACAGAGACAUCUCAGACCCUACAAGAAGCGUUAGUCCUAGAACCCAUUGCCACAGAGACAUCUCAGACCCUACAAGAAGCGGUAGUCCUAGAACCCAUUGCCACAGAGACAUCUCAGACCCUACAAGAAGCGGUAGUCCUAGAACCUGUUGCCAAGAACGCACCUCAGCACCGACAAGAAGAGGGAGAUCCAGAACCUGUUGCCAAGAACACACCUCAGACCCGACAAGAAGAGGAAGGCCUAGAACCCACUGCCACGAUGCUAUGUCAGACCACACAAGAAGCAGUUAGUCCAGACUGCAUCGCUGGGCCAGUGACCCCUCCAGCCCUACAAGCAACAGGGGCAGAACCCCGUGUUGUGACGUCUCAGACAUCACAAGAAGUGAGCCCAGAGCCCACUGCUGCAGCAAUGCCCCCUCACCCUCCACAAGAAGCGGGCUUCCCAUUCGGCCUGGAGAUGUCUCAGGUGGAGAGCCCCCUGCUAACAGUGGAGACCCUCCCUGCGGUGAGGCAGGAGGACGAUGAGAAACCAGAGUGCCCCCAAGAUCCAGCUGCAGGGCUGGGCUCGCGGGGGGGUCUUGUUGCCGGUCCCUGUGCACAUGAGGGAGCUGAACCGCUGACCCCCCAGAGAGAAGCUCUGCCAGAGGCUCGGGAGCCGGCCGACAGCCGAGGUGUUGAGGGGCAGGCAGGGCCGGCUGGUGAGAGUGAAGGCUGGGACCCUCUGGCAGAGCAAAGCUAUGCAGUCAUUUCUAAAGGCUCCGAGGAUGCCCUGCCAAGGGGCAUCAGUGGGGAAGGGCGUCCCCCCGUCUCCCCGGAGCACACCCUUCCGAGUCCUCCACGCCGUCUAGAGAGCGAGGGCCCUGCUGGUGAGAACGAGAGCUCAGAGCAUCCCCCGGCCUCUCCCACCACAACGGACAAUGUCUCGGGGUCACCGGAUGCUCUCCAAGCCUCUGAGGAGACUGGAGCUCCAGAGCCCAAUUCUGCAGCUAGUCUGGAGCAAAUAGAUGUCCUGGGGAAGGAGUUACUGGCAGAGGCCGCAUUUAAUCUGGAGGAAAAGUGCCCAGAGGGGCUGGCUCCGGAGCCUUCACCCAGUGAGCAAAUCCCAGAAGCCAGUGUAGCCCCUGAGCCUGUGCUCAGAGCCAAGGGGCCCCGUGGUGCCCCAGGGAAACGCUCUCCAGUGCCGUCCGAGGGCUCUGGGCUGAAGGCUGACCUGAGGCAGGACACUGAACGGGCCCCCCUCCUCAGGCCCAAAGAGGAGGGACCCAGUUCUUCAUCCCCAAAGGCGCCAUCCGACUUCCCCUUCACGCCCCCGCCCCAAGGGCCUUUGGUUGUUGCUCCUCUGCCCCUGGUGGACACUGACCAGUCUCGAGGCCCCAAACAUUUGGUGGAGAGAGCUUCUUCCUCUGUUUUAUCUUCAGCUGACUGUUCCCCUGAAGAGCCAGAAGGUCCCUCCGGAGAGAAGAGGCCCCUGCCUCGGAGCCCCCUGGGCAGGGAGAAGCCGCCCAAGCUGGCAGCUGGCCCGAACCACAAAGUGGGGAAAUCCCAGCCCCGUUCUGCUGCUCCUGUGCCCCCCUCCAGGGAGCCCCAGACCUCUUCUGCCCCUCUAAUGCCCAGCCCAGUGGCUCCUCAGUCCCCUUCUAGCCCAGAGGCCUCAAGCAAUAAGGGCCCCCCACUUCCCGUGGCCCAGAAGCAAGAAGGGGGUAGGGUGGAGGGAGCGGCCUCUUCCUCGACCCAGGCUGUCUCAGGGAACACCCCCCCACUGGCCUUGUGCCCAUCAGACCUGGGCACAGUAGCAGCACGGAAAGCGGGUUCUCCCCGGCACCGGUCCCCAAGAGGCCAAGCCCUAGUGUCCCCCAGAACACCAACCUCAAAAGUGGUCCCCUAUGCCAAAGACCAGGCCCCAGCAGGGUCUGCUGAGGUGAUCUCAAGCCCGUGUUCCAGGGGGCUCUGGGCAGGGCAGGCUCCCGCGGGGGGGUCUGCCCCUCAGGUGGUUCCCAAACCCCCCACUCCCAGCCAAGUGCCUCCAGGCCCUGCCCCUGGCCCAGGGCUCCGGGCCCCCACUCUCCCCAGAGGAGGGCCGGCUGCUGCUCGGCGGGAGGAGUGCAGUACGGGAGAUGCAACCUCUCCCCCCAGGCCCCGGCUGAGCAGAGAAGGUUCUGAGCGGGCGCAGGCCUUGGUGCAGUCGCACUCGAGCUCCUCGAGCGAGGCAGAACCCCUUUCCAGAUGCACAGAACUGGAGGAGCUGCGCCAGGCAGCCGACACAGCCCUGCGCCCUGCGCCUGGAGCUCUCCCCGACCGCAGGGCAUCCCGCAAUGAUUCUGAGAGCAAUGGGGAGUCUCUUCCCGAGUUGGAGGACCCAGAUAGCACUGAACCACAGACUGCACCACCUCAGGCUCACUCCGUGGGAAGUGGCGAGGAGGCCGUCAAUAAAGCCAAGCAGAGCCGGAGCGAGAAGAAGGCCCGCAAGGCCAUGUCAAAGCUGGGCCUUCGGCAGAUCCACGGGGUCACCCGAAUCACCAUCCGCAAGUCCAAGAACAUCCUCUUCGUCAUCUCCAAGCCCGACGUCUUCAAAAGCCCGGCGUCCGACAUCUACAUCGUCUUUGGGGAGGCUAAGAUCGAGGACUUAUCGCAGCAAGUGCACAAGGCAGCGGCCGAGAAGUUCAAGGUGCCGGCGGAGCCCUCGCCCCUCAUCCCGGAGACGGCGCCCGGCCUCGGCGCCAAGGAGGAGAGCGAGGAGGAGGAGGAGGAGGAGGCGGGGCUGGAGGUGCGCGACAUCGAGCUGGUGAUGGCGCAGGCCAACGUGUCCCGAGCCAAGGCCGUGCGGGCGCUGAGACACAACAACAACGACAUCGUCAACGCCAUCAUGGAGCUGACCAUGUAGCCACUGCCCUGCCCGGCCAGCUCCGCCCCACCCCCCUUUGCCCCGCGUCCCUCAACUUAAUGCUGCUCAAUAAACCUGUAUCCGCUCCCGC